UGAUCAUCGAGGGACAAGAUCGAACAUCGUCUACCUUGCACACCUUGAUACCGCCUUUGACUCGUCAUCGAAACAUACGCAGCACCUAUCAACCACCCAUAAAUCUAUCUGCAGCCAUGUCCGACUACCCACCUUCCAACCCGUCGAUCCACGACAUCACCAACCUCCCCGAGACCAUCAACGUCGCCCCGUCCAUCCAGCUCUCCACGCUGCAAAAGAAGCAGGUUGGGGUCGUUCUCGAUCUGUUCCAGGCAAAGGGGACGAUGGCUAAACUGGAAGAUUGGUUGACAGAGGAUGCGGUGUAUGAGGACCUGUUUGCUACGACUAAGGGGAGGAAGGAGGUCGCCGGUCAAUUCCUAGGCCUCCCCGUAGUCUGCCAAUCAUCCUCGACCAUCUCGCAUCAGGUAACUCAGCUGCACACCCCACCAACCGAAACUUCCUCCUCGUCUACCCACCCGAUCCCGACCUCGACCUACCCCAAGAUGUACCAGAUCGACAUGGAUAUUCAGCAUCGAUUUGUCUUCAAACCUCUGGGGAACCAGGUAGAGAUGAACAGUACGAUCAUCAUUUUUGCCAACCCGGAGGAAGAGGGUGGGAGGAUCGUAAGGAUUCAGGAUAGGCCGGUGGAUCAGAUCUCGGAGAACAGUAUCAUCAAGGCUCUCCGGACGAUGAACGCCAAGAUCACCCCUCACAUCCUCGGGAUCCCAAAGAACGAGCAGGAAGAUCAAGCCAAGGCCGAGAAAUUCGGUGCCAUCUGAUAGCCCGGUGGUCGUACGCUGCUUCGGGAGCAGGCUUUGUUUUUGAAUUGCGAAUGUUUGUAUGCUUUUGUACUAGCUUACUAGGAUGACUUGCUGUAGAUCGAUUAAUGGCAGUGCC